AUGCUCGAGCAGUGGGAGCAUCAUGACCAUGAUUCCGGCCAUGGUCCCAUGACAGCCAGUAGCAACAGGGAGGCGGACAGCUGCUACGCAGUCCAGGUAUCAAGAGCGCAAGCUACGCCUCCAGCGGAACGACCUCGAAGAUGCAACGAGAACAACUCUCCGCAAAUCUCGGCCUCGAUCCCCACUGCGGAGCACACAGCAGAGAACGACUACCUCGACAUACGAAUGGCUCUUCACUACGCGCGAGCACCUCCGACUGCCACGAGAGAAGCAGCAGACGACGGCGUCGACUCGAUGAUCCUUCUGACGGACGCAUCGAUCCCGAAGGACAAGCAACAUCGAGCAUCCCGGGGCACUCAAAAAGGCCUUACACACGGAGCGCGUGGUCCUCACCCGGCAGCGGCAUGUACACCGGACCUGCGCAGCAAACAGCCAGAAAGAGAGGGAACGGCAGCGCUAGCAGGCAGGCAGCGAUACAAGACGAGCGAGGAUGUCAGCCUCUACGCAUGUAGCAGGGUGUCGGAAGUCCAUCGUCCGUGGCCAAAGCGAACGAGCGUGGAGGCAGACGGAAGCGGUAUCCUCCAGGAUGGCAUUGCAAGAGUUGGAGCUGUAGCACACCAGACCUCUUCGAGCCUGGCCAUCACUCAAUCGCCAGAAGGCGUUGCAAGAGAAUGGAGCUGUAGCAUGCCAAUCCGUGCCAAGCGUGACCAUCACUUGAUCGCCAGAACACGUCCCUCGAUCCGGAGCAAAGAAACGGCCUUGGAAGUAUACCUUGAGAGAAGCCUCCAGAUCCCAGAUCGUGGCAAGUCGAAACCACCAGCACAGAAGCCCGUGAAGACACCACCUGCCGCAAACUCGAAAGCACGCGGAAGGAAGGGAUAUCAUGCCACGCCUUUGACCCUGCCGGGAGCUCGAACAAGCAACGGAGGCGCAUGGAGCCAAAGCGAAGUUCUAAGCAGUCCUCUGCGGGUGCAGACCAUUCCGAUCGCUUCCCGUGAGCAGGCGGACCACGACCGGGUCGGCGACUGGCCACACAGCUCUUCUCAACGUUUUCUGAACGCGAACAUCUUGCACAAGAUGAGGCGGGAAUUCCUUCCAGUACGAGGCGAGCUGAUCACCAGCCAGAAUGUCCUUGAGGCCGGCGCUGGCUCAGUAGGCACUACCCUCCGCGGCGCGGCUCUUGCGGAGGCGGUCAUUGCCGUGUCGGCGUGGGGAGUACCGCGGAGCCCAUUCGAGUCUUUCGUGGCAAGAAGCCUAUCACAUCGUCCGUGCGCUCACAAUCGUGCGAACUAUGGUGUCGAGCCGGUGAUCUGUCUCUGCAACGACGAAUUGACAGGCGGAGUCGGCGGAGGUGUGAGCUGUGUCUGGGCGGCGUGGCGGAAGAGGACAGCAGCAGCCUGGGACACAGAGCAUUGCGUAUGUCGUUUGCGUCGGGACGAUUGCGAUUGGGCGGAGAGUGUAUCGGUGUGCUUGUCUGCUGGUUGUGGCAGCACGGAAGCAGCAUCGCGGGACGGCUUCGUGAGACGGCAAUGA